CGUCGGUGGUCGAAUCGUUUUUUGGCUUGUGUUUUUUCGAUUGAGUUUUGGUUUUAGUUUUAUCACUGGUUUUGCUAACAUUAAAAUGGAUGAAUUGGAAAUAAUGUGGGAUGAAAGUCCACCUGAAAGGAACGUGUAUGGAGUUUUAAGUGCAAACAUAUAUAAUUUUAAUCAGAAAAAUCAGAAAAAUAAGAAUAAAAAUGUUUCAUCUCAAAAACACGAAGUUUCUCACAAUCUCAAAGUUGAAUUUAAAAACAAUUCAUUGAAUCGUUUUAGUGCUUCUUCCAGAAAUGAUGAACUGCAGGUUGCAACUCCGGAAUCUGGAGAAAAUGGCGGAAAUAGAUUAAAUUUACCUACAAAAAAUUUAUGUAUUGGUGGCACUGAAAAGAAGGAAGUAUUGCAGCCCAUCGAUUGGGAAACUCUAAAUAGAAAUGUUGAAGAAUAUAAAAGGUUACAGUGGGCGCAUCUUCCAAAGCUGAGAAAAAAUUUUUAUCAAGAAGCCGAGGAAAUCGCUAUUAUGACAGAGGAAGAAGUCAAUGAAAUGCGUUUAGUAAACAACAAUAUAAUGGUUUCACGUUUGAAAACAAGUGAAGACCAAUUGUGUCUUGAUAUACCAAAACCUAUUUACAAAUUCGAACACUCUUUCAAAGAUUAUCCUGAUAUACUUGAUGAGUUGAAGAAACAAAACUUUACGGAACCAUCACCUAUACAAAAGCAAGCAUGGCCUAUAUUAUUGAGAGGCGAGGAUAUGAUAGGUAUUGCUCAAACAGGAACUGGAAAAACUUUAGCAUUUCUGCUUCCUGCCUUGAUUCAUACUGAUGGACAGACUACACCACGUACGGAACGCAAUGGUCCAAAUAUAUUAAUUUUAGCUCCAACACGCGAAUUAGCACAGCAAAUAGCAAAAGAAGUUAAUAAGUACUCGUUCCGUGGAAUAAAAGCUGUAUGCAUUUAUGGUGGUGGAAGUCGUCGUGAGCAGAUCAGAGAUUUCAAAGAAGGAGCUGAAUGCAUAAUUUGCACCCCUGGACGUCUUAAUGAUUUGGUUCAAGCUAAAGUUAUAGAUAUUACAUCCGUUACAUAUUUAAUAUUAGACGAAGCAGACCGUAUGCUGGAUAUGGGUUUCGAGCCACAGAUUCGAAAAGUUCUACUUGACAUACGCCCUGACAGGCAGACCGUCAUGACUAGUGCCACCUGGCCGCCAUGUGUUAGUAGAUUGGCCGAAACCUAUAUGAACAAUCCUAUACAGGUAUGGGUUGGCUCACUUGAUUUAACUGCUACUCAUUCUGUGAGUCAAAAGGUAGAACUCGUGGAUGAUGCGGACAAAUUUAAUACGGUUCUGGCGUUUUUAAAAAACCUUAAAUCAAGCGAUAAAGUUAUUAUCUUCUGUUCUAAACGAGCUCGUGCUGACGAUUUGUCUAGUGAUUUAUCUCUGAAAGGCCUGUUAACACAAUGUAUACAUGGUUCUCGUGAUCAGGCCGAUCGAGAACAAGCACUGGCUGAUCUGACCUCAGGUGACAUACAAAUUUUAAUAGCAACAGACGUUGCUUCAAGAGGUUUAGAUGUUGAAGACAUCACUCAUGUUAUUAAUUUUGAUUUUCCGCGUAACAUUGAGGAGUAUGUUCAUCGUGUUGGUAGAACUGGACGCGCUGGGCGAACCGGCACUGCCAUAAGUUAUAUAACACGCUCGGAUUGGGGUAUUGCGAAGGAUCUCAUUCGUAUUUUGGAAGAAGCUAGCCAAGCAGUUCCAAAAGAACUAUACGAAAUGUCCAAUCGCUUUGACGAGAUGAAAAAAAGACGUGGUAGAGAUUUUAAAAUGGGUAGUCAUUUUAAUGCUUUUUUAUAAACACAGUACACCGUAGGGGUACUCACUUUUAAGAUUGACUUAGUAACAGUUAAUUUAGUAACUUGACAACAGCAUUGUAUGUUGUUUUUUAAAUUACAUCGUAAAUAA